CCCGAGCCUUCCCCUCCUCGUUCCAGCGAAGCAGGAGGCAGGAAUCGUCUCGUCUCGUUUCUUCUUCCCCAAGCCCGGAUUCCCGACCGAGUUCUAGAGAAACCCAACCCCCGUCCGAUUCGCUUUUUCUCGAGACAUGGCGGAGCCCAACACCCAACCCCAAGUGGCCGAGAGGGAGGUGGUGGUGGAGGAGCAGGAGGCGAAGAGGCCCCCGAAGCUGAGGUGCCUGGAUUUCGUCCAAGUGGCGGCGGCGCAGGCCGCGGUGUUCCUCGCGGGGCUCUACGGGCUGGCCAAGGACCACGCCGGCCCGCUCCGCCCCGGCGUUGACGCCGUCGAGUCGGCGGUGAAGGGCGUCGUCGGCCCCGUCUACGACCGCUUCCACGGCGUCCCCCUCGACGUCCUCGCCUUCGUCGACCGCAAGGUGGACGACACGGUGCACGAGCUGGACAAGCACCUCCCUGGGGCGUUGAAGGCCGCCUCGGCGCAGGCCUACGCGGUGGCCCGCGGCGUGCCGGAGGUGGCGCGUGAGCUGACCGCCGAGAUGCUGCAGUCCGGCGUGAAGGGUGCCGCCCGCGCGGCGUACGCCAAGGCCGAGCCCGUGGCGAAGGACGUGUACGGGCGGAUGGAACCGGUGGCCAGGGACCUGUACGUGCGCUACGAGCCGGUGGCCGAGCACCUCGCCGUCUCCACCUGGCGCUCGCUCAACAGCCUGCCGGUCUUCCCGCACGUCGCGCAGAUCGUCGUGCCCACCGCGGCGUACUGGGCCGAGAAGUACAACAAGGUGAUCGCCGCCGCGGCCGGGCAGGGGUACACCGUAGCCAAGUACCUCCCGGCCAUCCCCACCGAGCGCAUCGCCAAGUUGUUCGCGUCGUCGUCGCCGGAGGACGAGCCUUCGAAAGGCGCGGCCGAGACCCAGUAAUGUGAUCACGCCGUAGUGCCUUGCCCUGGUGAAGGGUAGAUUGCCCUCGAACUGGAGUGAAUAAGAAAAUUAGAAUCCAGGGGCUAAAGAUGGUGGUAAUGUUGUAUUAGCUAUGAUGAUGUUGGGACAUUGCUCGGACCAUGACGAUGAUGCUCUACCUUGUGUGGUGCUCGUUGUGUAAAGUUGUUCAAUGUCGCAAUCACCGGUUAAUCCGACGCUAUUAGGUUCUGUAGCUUCUGUGCUUUAAUCCUAUCGAUGGAAAUGUUGGUAA